GACACACUGACUGACAAUGCACAUCACUUAAGUACACCGUACACACAUAAUAGAGCACACUCAUUCUCUCUCUCUCUCUCUCUCUCUGUCUGCUGCCGUCAUCCUCCUCACGGGGAAAAGACUCUCGUGCCUCCCUUUUGCACCCCUGCCGGCAUCCAAUGCAAUGCGGCAAUGCCCCUCCUCCUAUCCCGAUCUUUUCGAGGCGGCCGGCACUACUUGCCUUACCGCCCCUCCAUCUCCCCCAGCGCCAACGUCGAACAGUACCAGCUUCCCCCUAGCUGGCCGCUGCCAUGCCGCCUGGGCUGCGUGUCAGGCAACCCCCCCAUUGACUUGGACCCCAUCCACACAGUAUCAGCCGCUAGCGGCGACACACGGUACAGGGGACUGGUGGACAGUGCUACGGUGAACCGAACAGCAGCAGCAGCGCCUGAGUCUGCAAUACUGGUGCUACUACGUGUGUCUGGGCUCGUCAACAUCGCCGUCGCUCAGAACACAACUGCCGAGAUUUUCAUCCCUCCUUCUUAUUCCCUUCUUGCCCGACAUAUCCUUCCUCCCAACCGACCGCGCCAGAGAGGACUAGCGAAAGGUCUCCUCCUUCGCUUUUCUCCCACUCUUCCGCAUCUUCUACUUUCUUUUCUUUCCCCUUUGCCAGCGGCGAUGUUAUGGACCCUGUUCAUGAAAUUCCUCCUCGUAAGCUCCCUCAUCGCCUGGUGGCUCAAGCGACCGAAUAGCCGCUUCCAAAAGUUCGUCCUGGCAGCCGCCAGUCUCGCAACCUUCUGGGUUAUCGCUCCCAUUUACGCACAACUUUGUCUCGCUUGGUCCGUACAUUACACCCGUGAGGGUAUUCGUUAUUGGAGUCUGGAUGAGUUGCUUGUGCGGCAUGCCAGUAUGCUGGUGACUCUCGCCGCAGUCAUUUGGCUGCUACACCGUGCCUGGCAGACUCUCUGGAAACCGACGACCGAUCUCAUCAGCAUUCUUGGAGUGGACGUUCCCGAGGCCCCCGAUGUAUCCUUAGCCGGAAUUCGACCCGACGCGGCGACUCUCAACUGGACGCGACCAACACACAACCGACCUGUCCAGAAAUUCCUGAUUCAGGUCAAUGGCGUAAAUGUUGGCGAAUCGAGGCAGGAAGAGACAGCCAUUACUGUUACGGGUCUGAGGCCCAACCAUUGCUAUAACAUACGAGUCAUUGCUGUUGGACCGAACAACUUCCAAGCCGGUAGCCAAGUUAUUAGAUUACGUACCUAUCGAUCCGACGGACGGCCAGAGCUGGGCAAUUCGAGACUUCCCGACAGUUUCCAAGAUCAAGAUCCGCGACCAGGACAAACUCCGUGCGUUGAAGACAAUGGCAGUCGUAGCCAGGUCCCAACCAUCGAAGCGGCGCCGUCUCUUGAAGGCGGAUCCGCCGCUGCGCGAGACGGUCCUUCCGGGCAGAGACGCAACACUGUCAACCGCAGGCACUCUCCGUCCAUAGCAAGUCAGGAGCAGCCGUCAAUCAAGGACUUUUCUAGCGACCACCCUGAGGCAUCGCUCAAGGAACUAGCCGAUACCUUGGAGCGGUCGAGGAAGGAGUUUGUGGAGACGGCAUCCUUACAUGCAUCCGAAGAGAGCGAGCACAGACAUCUCGAGGAGAAAUUGAAGAAGGAAAAGGAGGAGAAAAAGAAGAUUCAAAAAGAGAAGGACGACAACACUGCGCAGUUGAGGCAAAAAGUCAAGUCCACCGGCGAACAGAUGAGACAGGCCACGAAAGAGAAGGCCCGGAAGGAGAACCUGCUGAAGGAGAAGCAAGAUAAGCGCAAGAAGGCGAUGGAUAACAUUGACAAAUGUGUCGCUGAAACCAAAACCAUGCGCAAAACUCGCGAAGGAUUUGCAGCGGAAAAGGAAGGUCUCGCACAGAGCCGUGAUCUCAAGAUCAAGCACCUAGACGAGGAGAACUCUGCCUUGCAAGAUGAGUAUUCUCAGCUCGAGACCGAAUACAAGGAAAAGAAGGAACAACUCAAGGAGCUCGAGGAUGCACGCAGGAAGCUACCUGGUGGUGAAGAGGACGACACUUGGCGAGAAGACGACCGAAAACUGAAGAGAGAUUUCGAGAUGAAGCGCAGGGAACUCCAGAGUCAACUCAUCAUGGAGAAUAGGAAGGCUCAGCAGCUUGAGGGUCACAUCCACGUCCUGCACGCCCAAGUCUACGCCCAGAACCAACAGAGCAUGCAGUUCUACAAUCAGGCGAAUUCUUCGGGCGUCGAAUUCGACCCCAACGCCUCGGCACAAAUUAAGCAUCGAAGCCGCACAGGCAAUGCUCUUCCCAAUACCGUCGCAUCGCCCACAGGUCCUUUCUCAGCCUCGGACUCUCCCUUCGACCCUCCGAUCGGGUUUACCAGUCGAGCCCCGUUUUCACAUUUCUUGGACAUGCCCGGGGGCGAGGCCUUUGGGAGCGACCAAUUCUCUGAGGCUGAUAUUCGGGCUCUCACGGGGAGCGCGCCGCUUAGUCCUACGGCGGCCGCCCUCCUACCUUCUGGCAUCUUGGGUGACGACGAACCUAGCAGCCCUGAUUCUCUCUCUCGCAGAAGCCCCUUCAUUCCGGGCUACGAAGAUGACGCUCAGUCGCCAGGAUCGUCCAGACGUUCGAAUAGUGUUCCUUCUAGCCCCCCAGGAUCUUCGCAUGUCACCUCUUUCCCACCUUUCGCCCCUGACAAUGGCGAUCCCGCGUCCCUCAAAGACAUGACAUCCUCUCCCGGGGGACAGCCAUCGCCAGCUGCAAAUGGACACCGUUUCACAGAUCUGAUCCAUUGGCAUAGAACUAAAGGCUCCAAAGCUGCCGAUGACGGUGGCCCCAUGUUGGGCAGCCUAAAGCACGGUCAGAGUCAGUCCUUUCCUAGGCAGACGGAUGACCUUGAUGGAACGAAUCGACGCCGAACUAGCUUCUCGUCCUAUACGCAAAACCGGAACUCGGCUGGACCUGACACUCUUGAGGCGGCGAGCGCGGCCAACCUGGGACGCAGCAUGUUUUCGUCGGCUCGCAGGUUGAUACCAUGGAAUUCGUACGCGGACCGAGAUCCAAGCAGCCCUAGACCUGCUUCCAUGGCCUCGGCUGACUUGCCACGACCUUCCACCGACAGCGGAUCCAUUUGGAACCAUCCAGCUGAUCGAGGAAACCGAUUUUGGUCACCAGCUGAUGGGCGUUGGGCGUCGCGGACUCCAUCCAGGCGGCCAUCUCUCCACGGCUCACCGGCGGCUCUCAAAACGACACUGGCGUCGGCCGAGGACGAAAUUCUGGAUCACGAAGCCUUGAACGAUCCUCAAGUCUCGCCGAGCCAGGUUGGCGUCAUUGGCAGCAGACCACCAGCCAGCAAACAGAACUCGGACAACAAAUCCUUGUUGAACAAAAGCUUGAACCCAGCUGCGCCAACCUUCUCAAUUGGGGGACUAUUCCGCAGUAAGGAUAAAGAAAGUGACUCGGGCAAAGAGAAGGAUAAGCCAAAGUCUAAGGACAAGGGCAAGGACAAAGCCAAAGACAAGGACGCAAAAGAGAAAGGCAAGACUAGGGAUGUUUCCACGCCUAGUCUAGACCUCCCGCAAGGCUACGAUGCGUCUCCGACGGAGUCUAGAAAGUCCCGCGAUGCAUUCUCUGUCCACACACAGGCGUCCGUCACUGAAUCUCGGGAAUCCUUGACGCUUGAUAGGGCAGUGUCCAAUACACUUUCCGACUCCAAUGCCAAGGAUCAGGAGAACGCUUAUAGGAAGCUCUUCAGGAAAGGCAGUUCGAGCAAGUUCAGUCUUUCGUCUCGUCUAAGCAAGGACUCGGGACUCUUUAAGAAAGGGCCUGGGAGCACUACGAACUCUGACAAGAAUUUGUCUGCGGAUCGAUCCAGCUUUGGUGAUAUUGACGACUUUGGCGAGGAGGGUUCAUUCGGUCGAAGCUACGAAAGCGUCACCAGCAGCCCGUCUGCAGGCCCGGCUAAAUCCAGAGACGCCAAGGAAAGCAGGAUUUCUGGCUGGAGCAGCAAGUUUUCCAUGAAGAAGAAAGGCAAGGAUAACCGAGAAAGCCUUGAGUUUCACCAGGCUACCCCUGAGGGCGAGGUGGAAGAAGACAAGAAAGACGAGUAAAUCCAGCUGAUUUGUCGGGGUCAGAUGGCCAAAGCGAUGUAUUGUAUAGCGAAAAUCAUUAAAAACUAAAGAUCAGGCGUUCCAAAAGCAAUAUCAUCACUAGUUCAGACCAUUGAGUGAAAAUGACUAGACAUUUGAUCUACUGUCUCUAAAGGCCUGUAAAGUGAUGCGGACUACUUC